AUGAAACUAUAUUCACUAUAUGAUAUGAUAACAUUCCAGUCCACUAGGCUGAAUCAGCGGUACCACGCGACGUGGUGUGAAUCCUACGAACGUUUUGGGAGAAAACGUGAUCCCAGUUUGAGGAUAUUUAUGAGUACCAUUCUGGCCGAGCUAUCCUCUACAGACGUGUCCGCUUCAUCUCCGCCUACGAAGAAGGCUCGCGUGGUUGAACUGAGUGACAAUCAAAAGGAGGCCGCUAUUACUGUGAAAAACUCCGCACAUUCCGAUUCGAAAAGAAUGUCUUCCGAAAAGAAUGGGCAGGAGGCGAUGGACACCGACACUACGGGUUUAGACACAAACCUUUACUCAAGACAAAUAUAUGCACUUGGCGAAUCUGCCAUGAUGAAUCUGAGAAAGGCUUCCGUUUUGAUUUCCGGCUUGGGAGGAGUUGGUGUUGAGAUUGCGAAAAACUUGGUUCUUGGAGGUAUCCGCAACGUUACCAUCCAGGAUGUGAAGAACACUCGCUGGGAAGACUUAUCCGCACAAUAUUAUUUGAAAGAGAACGACAUCGGUAGAAAUCGAGCGGCAGCGAGCUUUGAAAGGCUCGCUGAGCUGAACGAUAGCGUGCAUUGUCAAGUGGUAACUAGCCCUCUUAGCGAGGAGUUGGUAAAUCAGUAUGAUCUUGUGAUUCUAACUGAUGCUCCUCGCAGUACUCAGUUGAAAGUAGCGGGUUGGACAAGAGCACACAAUCGCUGUUUGUUGGUUGUUGAUGCACGCGGUCUGUACAGUUAUAUCUUCGCUGAUUUUGGCAACUCGUUCCGCGUUGAUGACCCGAAUGGAGAGAAAGUCAAAGAGUUUCUUAUCGAAUAUAUUGACGGGGAGACAGGAGAUGUAACGACGUUGGAAAAUCAGAUGCAUGGGUUGGAAGACGGUGAUUAUGUGACGUUUUCGGAAAUUAAAGGCAUGAGCGAGCUGAACGGCUGCGCCCCGGUGAAAGUCACCGUGAAAAAGCCACAUGUAUUUAACAUUGGCGAUGCUGCGAAAAACAUGUCGCCAUAUGAAGAAGGAGGUCGUGUAAAACAAGUCAAAGUGCCUACUUACGCUGUGCACAAGCCUCUUGCUGAAUCACUAGCGGACCCGGAGUUUGUAUACUGGGAUUUUGCUAAAUUCGAUUAUCCUUCACAGCUCCAUGCUCUUUGGACUGCGCUGUACGAUUUUGAAACCAAGCAUGGGCGCCAUCCUAGCCCUCGCUCAGAUGAGGACGUUCUUCUUUUGAAAGCGGAGUUACCCGAUGGUGCCGAAGUCAAUGACAAACUACUGAAGAUGUUCAGUUAUCAGGCUUCUGGUAAUCUUGUCACUGUCGCGUCUGUGGUAGGUGGAAUAGCUGCUCAGGAAGCAAUGAAGGCCGUUACUCAUCAUAUGACACCACUGAAACAGUGGCUAUACAUUGACAGUGAUGACGCCUUACCAGGGGAAUGGAGCGAGUUUGACAAUGAGAAACUUACCGAAGAAGAUUGCAAACCGCGUGACUGUCGAUAUGAUGGACAAGCUGCUGUCUUCGGUUGGAAGUAUCAAGAAGCAUUGUUCCAUCAGAAGUGGUUUGUAGUAGGCGCAGGAGCGAUUGGCUGUGAAUUGCUGAAAAAUCUUGCUAUGAUGGGCUUGGCAUGCGGCGAAGGAGGAUUGAUAAAAAUAACUGAUAUGGAUCAGAUCGAAAUCAGUAACCUAAACAGGCAGUUUCUCUUCCGCAUGAAUGACGUCGGGGAUAAAAAAUCUGUUGUUGCUGGACGUGCUGUGAAAAAUUUCAACAAAAAUGUUCGCAUUGAAGCGCUUUCUGAGCGAGUUGGGACUGAAACGGAACACAUUUUUAAUGACGAGUUCUUUGAAAAUCUGAAUGGAGUUGCAAACGCUUUGGAUAACAUCGAUGCCAGGCGGUAUAUGGAUAGACGCUGUGUAUUUUACCGCCUUCCUCUUCUGGAAUCCGGUACUAUGGGGACUAAAGGAAAUACCCAAGUGGUGUAUCCUCACCUGACAGAGUCAUAUGGAUCAUCUAUUGAUCCGCCGGAGAAGGAAAUUCCUAUCUGCACGUUGAAGAACUUCCCCAACGAAAUCCAGCAUACCAUUCAGUGGGCUAGAGAUCUGUUUGUGGCAAACCAAUUCUUAACCGAUGAGCGUGCUUUCUUGGAACGUUUGGAACAGAUGAAUGUGAACCAGCGAACACAACUUUUGAGUCAGGUCAAAGACGUAUUGAUCGACACCAAGCCAUCCAGUGCAGAAGAUUGUGUGAAAUGGGCACGACUUCUAUUCCAGGAGCACUUCCAUGACAACAUUGCUCAAAUGCUUUAUUCGUUUCCGCCUGAUCAGGUGACAGAUCAAGGUGCAAAGUUCUGGUCUGGCACCAAACGUUGUCCGCAUGUGCUGGAAUUCGAUCCUACCCAGGAAGAACAUCGUAACUUCGUAUAUGCCGCAUCAAUUUUGCGAGCUGAAGUUUACGGCCUUAAGCCGAUUCUCGAUGUUGAUCUCGUAAUGAAAAUAGCCUCAUCUGUGCAGCCUCCACCAUUUAAACCUCGCGCUGGCGUGAAAAUUGCGGUCACUGAUGCCGAAGCAAAAGAAAACGCAGAAACUGAGGAUGGUAAGUUAGCCGAAGCAAAAGAAAAUGCAGAAACCGAUGACGCUAACGCUGACACCCAUCUCGAACAGCUGAAAGUGAAACUGGCACGGCUGAAUACUAAAGCGAUUCACAAGCUAAAUCCCAUUGACUUCGAAAAGGAUGACGACACUAACCAUCAUAUGGAACUUAUCACUGCGGCGUCUAACUUGCGUGCUGAAAACUACUCAAUUCCUCCAGCAGACCGAAUGAAGACAAAGCAAAUUGCUGGUCGUAUCAUUCCUGCCAUUGCCACGACUACAGCGACUGUAGCUGGUUUGAUCUGCAUCGAACUGUAUAAGAUGAUCGCAUCCAAAGGUUUGCCGAAGACACCUAUGACGCGUUUCAAGAACGGCUUCAUCAAUCUUGCCUUACCAUUCUUCGGUUUUUCUGAACCCAUUGCAGCUCAAGUCAAGAAGUACAACGACACCAGCUUCACACUUUGGGACCGAUUGGAGAUUCAAGGACCAAAGUCGCUACAAGAAGCUGUAGACUGGAUCCAGAAUGAGACCGGUCUUGAAGUAACAAUGCUUUCAUCUGGUGUUUCGCUUAUCUACUCUUUCUUCAUGGAUGCUAAAAAACGCGCUCAUCGCAUGCCUAUGGACAUAAAGUCUGUGGUAGAAGACGUAUCGAAGCGAGAGAGUCACUGUUUUCACUUGCCUCGUGCUUUACCAUCUUCCCUAAACUUCAAUAACUUGCACGCAAUCGUGUCGGGCUUCCAACAUCGCUAA